UUUGUAUGGAAUUUGGAAUUAUUGCAUUGUAAUUUCCACUUGUUGCUAGAUUUCUAGAUCAAAAUUCUAUGUAUUCAAUUGCCGAUGCGGAUAUCUCGAUCUUUUAAUGUUUUGCACAAAAUAUUUACUUACAGCUAAAUUUUAUAUAUAAUAAAACCGGCCAAUACAAUUAGAACGGUUUUGAUCGCAAUUAAAGAUGAAAACGACAUUUUUAGCACCUCUACUCGGCUAUAAUUUAAAAAGAUACUACCAUGGGAUUCCAUUUUAUGACUUUUAUCAAUACACUACUGGUGAAUCAUUGUCACAAUACAUGAUGAACAAACUGAGGACAAAAAAUCCUACUUUAGAUACCCUGAGUCGAGAGCAACUGCAUUGCUCACUUCAAAUACUAAAAAAGUUUGGUGUAGACCCACUAGACGCCUGUUCCAACCCACAUGUGUUCUGUAUGAAUCCAAUAUCAUUAGACAACUAUGGAGAAAUACUGAAAGAAUGUAGAUUUGCCUAUAUUGCACCUAAACAUCUAAUAAGGUAUCACACACUAGUGAGAUCCCGAACAAUAGCACACCACAAAAAGGAGGGACUAAUAAGAGAUGACAUCCAAUUGGAGGAAGUCUUACUAAACUGUUUCCAAGAGUGGCCGUCUAGUCAAAAGAAAACACAUGGUUUUGAUGAUUCUACUACAUCUAUUUUAUCUGUUAGAUUGAGUGUCUUGGAAAGCUAUCUCACCUGGAAGCUGUCUAUAACACCUGAGGAGUUCAAGAAAUAUUGCAAAAACUAUUUGCCUUUAAAACACAAACCAAUGAGUGACAUACAAGAAGCAUUGCACUUAGCCGAGAAAGAAAUCAAUUUCGACCUCCAAACAAUAAGAAGAAAUGGUUUUGUCAUAUCAGCAGAUCCUAUAAACACAAAACUGAUUUUAGAAAAUGUUACAUCUUUGGCUGGCCUAGACAUCCGAGAAGUAAUCCGCAUAGAACCUGCAAUUCUGAAGAAUAAUUACAAUGCUCUGUUGGAAAUUAGAGAUAUUCUGGAAGAGUAUAGAAUAGCACUAGAGGCUCAACAAAGAUGUUUGAAGGUGUUCUGCAUGCGCCCAGCCACUGUGCGCGAGAGGUUGGACGAGUUACAAAACCAAAAGGAAUACAAUAUUUUAUCAACCAACCCAAGAGUGCUAUCGAUGGUGAUACACAAGCGUAAAAUGAUGAGCCGACUUAGUAAAAUACAAGCAGCUAAGAAACAGUGUUUUAGUCUCAAUCAUCUGGUUUCCUCUAGCAAAGUAUUCAAUGAGUACAUAAGCAGCUUUGGAAACAAAGUGUGCGGCCGAGACAUCGCAGUACUGAUAGUAUCCUCCCUAACUGGAAACAAUGAAAUGUCGCAAAAAUCGACAGAACCGUUGAAAGUUGUUUUAAGUAAAUUGCGAAGACACAAGUUUUGGCUGCAUGCUGCGUUAAAUAUUGUUGAUGAAAAUAUUAAAUAUCUGCAACAAAGAUUCCAAAACAAAUUCAUCAUUAAUAAUUGUCAGUUGUUAUUAUAUCCUGUAUUGGAUAUAAAGCAAUACGUAGAACAGCUGCUGGCGUUGCGCAGCGGCGCCCCGGCCACAGGCGCCGUGAAACUGGACGGGUUCUACAACAACCUGAGGUGCGGAGAGCUCACUGACGACCAAAUACUCAGCCUCGCACUCUACGAGAUAGAGAAAAAGUACCACUUCAGUGGAGAUGGCAUCUGGGCUCGACAAGACGGUGUCAGGAUAGAGACCACAUCCGCCAGUUGACCUUUGCCUGUACGACAUCCGCACGACUACGGCAUGCAGACUCCACAGUCAAGUGAAGAAUAAAGCAUGUUCAAGUUUUCGGUUUGUAAUGCCAUACCAUGCCAUGCCCUGUUACACGUCCACGUUCACCGUGCUAGCAAGAUGGUUGUGAAUACAUCAAACUGCCCAUGAAGUAAUUCGACGGCAUUACCUAUAACAGCUCAUAUGCUACUGCCAAGUGCCAGUACCUGCUUAAUCGAAACGACGCCGGGCAGCGCCUAUCCAUUUUGUGAGAUACGCC